AUGGACAAACGAGUCGAGCCAUUGUCUCGCGAGGAGCGCUCUUUUGAGGAAGGUGCCAGUCCAUUGAUUCGAUUCGGCAAACGAGACUUCGGCGGUGCACCACUCAUCCGAUUCGGUCGCGCCCCUGAAGCACAACCUUUCAUUCGUUUUGGCAAAAGGACACCAGACGGUGCACCUCUCAUUCGAUUUGGCAGAGAUCCAGAUGCGUCACCUUUAAUUCGUUUUGGAAAGCGAUCACCGGCUGCUCCACUCAUUAGGUUUGGACGUUCCCCUCACGCUUCACCACUUAUUCGAUUUGGCAAGAAGUAG